GAUCAGCUUGAAAUUUUAGAAAUAAAAAUACAGUGAUCAGUGUAGCUAAAACAUGAAGGGAGAUGUUCUAUUCUAUUUCGUUCAGGUACAAAAUUCCUACGGUUGAACUACCUAGAGCAAGCACUAUUAGUAUUGCUAUAUUAUAAGUAAGGUGAGAGAUGAUACCCUUUCAUGAAAAUAGAGAGUAUGUGGACAACCAACUCAAUUAAAAAUAGCAAUGUCAAAGUGUCAAAGAUUUGGUUCAAAAUUUAAACCACGUGGUUUGCCUUGUAAAUUGCAGUUGUUUACUAAUCGGUCACAGGUUGGAAUCCUACUUGAGGAGAUCGAUUUCUUCGUUUUGAAACUAAAAAUCAGAAUGUCAAGAUGAAAAAUUUUAUUUUGAUCAUUAAAAGUAGGUAACUCAGUUCCUUUUGUUUCUGUUUCUAAAGCAAUCUAUUUGUCUCUCUGUCUAUUUUAUUCUAUCUUAUUGAAUCAUGCUAUAGUACAUGAUUUUUAAGAAUUCAAUAUCUCCAUGUAGGUUUAUCAUAAUCCUUUGUUCUAUAAUCCAGGCUAUUUGUAGUCAAUUAAGAAUUAUUAGAUGAACUAGUACAAGAAAAUGCAUUAAAGAUGCAAUCAUCAAUCCUCCCAGGAGGCAACAGUUACCAUAAAUAAACAUAUUCAUGACAUAACACCACUCAAUGUGGUUUGAUGAUAGGAUGCUCAUUUAACCUUAUGAUGACCCACUACUCAAUACUAUCAUAACAGUUAAAUAUUAAUAUCUAAUAAUUUUUUAUUUGUAGUAUCCAAUAGAUAAUUGACUUGAGUCAACAUUGUAGAAAAAUGUGUACCAACUACCAACCAAAAAUGUACUGAAUAGUAAAAGACUGCCAGUCCUCUCAAUUUUAAUUAACUUUCUCCACAUGCAUGCACAGUUAACAGUCAUGCUGACAAUGAUGCCCCACAUGAAAACUUUGUUUCAUCUUCUUAAUUCUUUGCUCUAUAAUAUGCCCAACAAUUUUGUACCAUCCAUAAUUAAAGGAAUGCCACUAGAAUAGAUUCUCUACAAAGUGGAAAUCCACUGUAACAAGAAUUUGUGGUUUGUGGAAUAAAUUUUUCUAGAAGUAAUUUACUAGUCCUAGAAGUCUAUCUCCAAAGUGAUCCUCAGUCUUUACAGUUCUGUUCACCAACUAAGUCCUGUAAUUUAUCAAUGAGUGCCUCAUCGUUUACUUGUUCAUCUUCCACCACUAUGAACACCACCCAAGAAAGAAAGUAUGAUGUGUUCCUCAGUUUUAGAGGUGAAGACAGUGCUAGUGACACUUUCAAAAGCCAUCUCUGUGGUGCAUUGUCUCAAAAACACAUAGAGACUUUUGUUGAUGAUGCUGUACUACACAAGAGAGGAGAUGAAAUGUCACCAACUCUUUGAAAAGCCAUUGAAGAAUCAAAGAUUUAUGUGGUUAUUUUCUCGAAUGACUAUGCAUAUUCAAAAGGGUGCUUGCGUGAGCUUGCAGAGAUUGUUAAGUACAAGAAAUUGAACAAGUAUCUAGAGAAAAGUUGCAAACAUGGAGAGAAGCUUUGACUGAAGCAUCCAAUCUAUCUAGAUGGGAUUCUUCUGUUACUAGGUAAGUCCUAUUGUGUUCUAUUACAAGAAGAAACAGUCUUGAAUAUUUGACCAUUUUACUUGGUAGCUUGCUUGGCAUAUGUUUGUGUUAUAUUGUUCCUAUUGGGUUGUGAUUGAUUUUAAUUUGGUAUAAAUUGUUUGUUGUUUGCAAUUGUUAGGCCUGAAUCAAGACUUAUAGACGAAAUUGUCAAAGAUGUUUUGAAGAAAUUGAAUGAUGUGUUUGCCUCAACUGAUUUUCGAGGUCUAGUUGGAAUAGAUUCUUGCAUUCGGGAAGUGAAAUCAUUAUUAUGCCUGGACACAUUAGACUUCCGAGUUGUGGGAACUUGGGGGAUGGGUGGUCUAGGUAAAACAACCCUUGCUGGAGCUGUUUUCAGCCAAAUUUUUUGUCGAUUUGACGGCGGUUGUUGUUUUGUUGCAAAUGUUAGGGAAGAAUCAGAAAAUUGUGGUGGACUGGUUCAUCUGAGAGAUAAACUUCUUUGUCAAAUUUUAGGCCAAAAACUAAACUUAGGCACUUCCCAUAUAACCCCAUUUAUUAAGCGAAGGCUUCAAAGCAAAAAGGUUUUCAUUGUUCUUGAUGAUGUGAAUAGUUUGAAACAAUUAGAAACCUUGGUAGGAGGGCUUGACCGAUUUGGUCCUGGAAGUAGAGUUCUCAUAACAGCUAGAGAUAAGCAACUACUUCUAAAAUUUGUAGUGCCAAAUAACAUAUAUGAGGUUAAGCCACUGGACGGCCAUGAAGCUCUACAACUUUUCUGUAACUAUGCCUUUAAAGUAGAUCCUAUUCCUAAAGAUCUUAUGGUGUACGCUCAAAGAGCAACGAAUUAUGCCAAAGGCAAUCCUUUAGCAUUAAAAGUGUUGGGUUCCUCCCUGUACAGAAAUAGCGAACAAGAUUGGGAAAGUGCAUUGCAUAAGUUAAAUAAAAUUUCUAAGCCUAAAAUUCAUAAUAUAUUAAGAAUUGGUUACGAUGCACCGGAUCGCAAGGACAAAAAUAUAUUACUUUACAUUGGGUAUUUUUUCGAAGAAGAGUACAGAGACCAUGUGAUAGAAAUACUUAAUAGUUGUUACUUCUCUGUAGAAGCUGGACUUAGUGUCCUCAUUGAUAAAUCUCUAAUAGAAAUAUUAGCUUCCGAGAUAAAGAUGCAUGAUCUGUUGCAAGAAAUGUGCUGGGAAAUUGUUCGUCAAGAAUCUCUCAACAAGCCAGGAGAGCGUAGUAGGUUGCACGUUCAUGAAGAUGUUUGUCGUGUACUAAGAACAAACACUGUAAGUGUUAGUAUGUUUGGUUUUGUUUCAUAAAUUAAAUUGAUGUUCACUGCUAAGAUUACCUUCACGUUCAGUUAAAUGACUUUAUAUAUAUUAAAUUUAGAGAGCUUUUGUAUGUUUCUAUGUGGUAACUUGUUAUUUAUGUGUUUGUUGAAAGGGAACCGAAUCAGUUAAAGGAAUCCUCCUAGAUAUGUCUAAAAUAAAGAAUAUAGUUUUGAAUUCUCAAGCCUUCGAUAACAUGAGCGAUCUUAGAUAUCUCCAGCUCUAUGAUUGGACCCAAUGUUUUGAAGACCCCACAAAUGUAUCAAAAGUACAUCUUCCAGGGGGUCUGAAUUCUCUUCCGGAUGGAUUGAGGUACCUAAAUUGGCACAGGUAUCCUUCUAAAGUACUGCCAUUAAAUUUAAGUCUCCAAAACCUUGUUGAACUUGAUCUUUUUGGUAGCAAUG